CCCCAUAAACUCACAACAUAAAUAGCAUCGGAGCUGCAGGAUCGAUAGUUUUUUACGAAAUCCAAAGGAAAGUACUUAUUUCAUGUGGAGAACAAGAGUAGGGCAACUCGUCAAUUGUCUCACCUGAAGCUUUCCAACAACGUCACCGAUGAUGGAUAGAUUCUUUCUCUGGAUUUGUCUCCUGUUUGUGGCUAUCCCUCUAGUUCUGGCUGAGGACAUGAAGCGGGAGACGCAAAGUAAGGAGCAUGAGAAUGAUUCAGUUUGGAAUCAAGGGAAGUCCAGGCGUCUUUUCGCUAGGAGGCAGACUUUCCUUGGUCACGGUCACCAAGUUGCAAAGCUGAAGCUGGAGCCUGCACCACCUGUUCGUCGGUGUGCUCGAGUUACAGAGAACUGCUCCCCUCAUACUGCCUGCUGUGACCCCUGUUCUUCCUGUCGCUGUCGCCUCUUCAACACCAUCUGCCACUGCUGGAGACUCAGCCCACACUGUCCUAAAAAGUCCUAGACACACCCACAGACUGCUGUCUCACACUCACUUCUUCAUUCCAAGUCCACAGACUAAAAGUGAACACAUGCACGCACGCACAGAGACACACACAGACCUUUGCUUGCUGGAUGCUGAUCUGAGUACAGCCAAGAACUACAAUCAGCAACUCACACAGAGCUCACACACACUGUACAUCUACCUCAAACAAAACCUGUACAGGCAGAACCCCAGGCACACUCAAAGUUUUGGGAUUCUUAAUGGUAAAUAUUAGAGUUACUUUCGUCAGCAAACAUUAUUAAUCAAAUAGCCUGUUCUUACUGUCAAGAAAAUGGCUGAUGCUGAUGGAAUAAAUCAACAUGGAAAACUACUACUCAUUAUCUUUUCAUUUUAAGUUUACAACACAAAACUCUUCAUGACUAUAACAAGUUUGUUAAUCUUUGACAUCACUACGGUCCAAGUCAUACUGCAAAACAAAGAAGUUAAAAAGGACCAGAACUAUUAGUCAGACUGUGGAAAAAGACUACCAUUAUGACUCAAUCCAAAAAAUGAUUGUUGAAAGGAACACUGGUAAACACAUUCUGACUACCAUGCAGAUCCAUCCCAAACCAUGCUGAACACACAAGAACAUAGGAUAAACACUUAUACACAACACACCUGACUCAUACACACUUUGUGUAUAUUACAUAUGUACAGCUAAUUGGGAGUUUUUUAUGUUUUAAGGUUGGAUCGCUGAUGUUGAUAUCUGUGGGAUACUUUAAAACCCUCUGUGACAUUAAUGGUAAAUAGGGCGAUAUACAUGGAUUUGAUUAAAUCUUUUAUAUACUGACACAGUGGAGGCAUUGUGGAUAUGUUUUUUUGCGUUAAGUUUUCAUGUUCAUGUUUCAUAACAACUUGUAGCAAAGACCUGCAUCACUUACUUCUGCUAUUCAAUAAGUAUCCUUUUAUCCCUUUGUUAUCCUCAUUGUAUUGCUGCUCUCUCAUGUCGAGCUGUUGGCAAAACAAUAUUGCACUGGGAUGCUCAUUUUACAGUAACUUCUCUCUGUAAUCCAAGCUUAUGGGGUUUAACAUGGAAAUAAAGUCGGUUAAUAAAUAUACAAAAGGUGCAUACAAGCAAAUUAAACAAAAGAUGCAGAAAGUGAAGAGUCAUGAUUAAUCCGUUAAAGGUGACACAUAUUUAGAUUUUCUCUGUGCUUCCCCCUUUCUCUACAUAUCAAAUUACAAGUGGAAAAUCCAGUUGUCCAGAGCAUUACUCUCUGAUAGGCAUAAAACACAUACAGUCACACAGCCUUACUCAGGGGCCUCUCAACACUCCCUCACAUGGUGAAAUAUGCUCAUUGGAGGAUUGGAAUAUGCAUGAAUUCAAAGACCACAGCCACAGCAGAUUGUAAGUUACUUAGACUUAAGUAGAUUCUACACAUUGUGGCCCAAAUUCAUCUGCUCAAGUUGUAGAUCCAUGGUGUCUUGGGAGCCAUAGCUAACUUCUCAAACCAUGAAUGCACAACGCAGGAAUGCAUCAAUUAUGAGUUGUAAUACAAUAAU